UAGGCGUCGCAAACAGCUAUUGCUUGCUCUUUGUUCCCGAAUAACCGAGUCUGUGUCUUUAAACCGAGAUUGUCUGUGCAGUCGCUAUUUAUCAUGUAGUCGUCUAGUCCCACCUCUUCCUGCAGCAGCACCGAGUGCGAGAGAAAGAGAGAGACUGAGCGCAGAUGCGGUCAGAUCAUGUGGAGUGACGGACAGCGAUGCCCGUGGAAACCCUGCAAGAGUACAGCGUAUCCCUGAGAAACACGGACGACUGAGAGAACAGCAGGACUAACUUCUUCGGAUACGUCGGUGAAAUUGGCUAAAAAUCAGAUUUCAUCAACUAACAUUGGGGAGAAGUGAUUUUUUUUGCAGGCGAAACUGUGUUUGCAAGAGAUUCUCAGUCAGCAUUUGCCAUUUAAAUGGCAUGAAACGCGGAUGUCAGUAGAUGUUUGGAGUGCACGUGGAUGUUUGAGUUCUGCUUUUGGUCUUUAUGGAGAACAUUGCGUGCCUGUCCAAGAUCAGCUGAGUGAGUGUUUAUCAGAUGUUGAGAUGAUGUUCUGCAUGCUCACAGCGCAAGUUCGUUUGUCGAAUAUGACGUUAUAAAAGAGCAUGGCUUUUGGUGUAUUUUCUUACAAGCAAGUGGACUUUAACAUGUAAUUUGUUUGCAAUUAAAAAAAGUAAACCAGCGGUAAGCGAUCAUGGUAGAACCUGUUGGCUUUGUGGAAGCGUGGAAAGCUCAGUUCCCUGACUCAGAUCCUCCUGAGAUGUCUUUGAACUCUGUUGGAGACAUUGAGCAGGAGCUGGAAAAAUGCCGUAACUCUAUUAGGCGCCUUGAGAUGGAAGUGAACAAGGAGCGCUUUCGAAUGAUCUACCUGCAAACGCUCCUGGCCAAGGAGCGGAGAAGCCAUGACUCUCAGCGAUGGGGCUUCAGUAGGGUCUCACAAGGUGAGCGUAAGCCAGCGGACGCCCAUCACCAGAAAGCUGAUGGAAGCAGGUGUCUCCCAGCCAAACCGAAGCACACAACUGCAGCAGAGGACAGCCAUGAGUCUCAGCCUUGUGUUGAGGUGGUGGGAUGUGAUCUCUCAGACUUGGACAGGCAGAAGAACAGAGAUGGAGAAGUUGAUGGGAUGUCUCCAUACAAAAGAAGGAGUGUUGAAGCUCCACUCAGGCCCGUUGCUGGACGUGGACCUGCACACCAUGAGGCGGAGGGUGUUCCAGAGUCCCCACCAAAGGAGAAGGUCACCACGGGGUUGGGAGUCGCCGCGCUUCGGUCAAACUUUGAGCGUAUCAGAAGAGCCAAUUCUCAAACAUCUGGCGAGGGGAAAAGCGAGAGGCCUUAUUACGUCAACAUGGAGUACCACCAUGAGAAAGGUCUUGUUCGGGUCAAUGAUAGAGAUGUCUCAGAGAAGAUAAGUAGUCUGGGCAGUCAAGCUAUGCAGAUGGAGCGCAAGAGAUCUUUGCAUUCUGUCCCAGGUAAUCUGUCCACUGCUUUUGGGGACAUCCGUAAACCAGAGCGGUCUCAUGAAAGAGCCAUGGACAGUGUCUACAACUGUGAGUACGAGGAGCCUGAUCUAAACCCUGGGUUUCUCAAGGACAGUUCAGCAAGAUUUAACGGAAGAAGGGCACCUCAGCAGAACUGGCACCAGACAGACUGUCAGCCCUAUACAACUGUUUAUGUUGGGGGCAUUAUGGGAGAUGGGGAGGACCUGCACUUGACCUGGCCCAGGCGGUCCUACUCGCCUGGAAGUUUUGAGGAUGGAUACACACCGGAUUGCAGCUCCAAUGAAAACCUGACGUCCAGCGAAGAAGACUUCUCCUCUGGGCAGUCCAGCCAUGUGUCCCCGAGCCCCACCGCCUACCGAAUGUACCGAGAGAAGAGUCGCUCUCCAUCCCAGCACUCCCAGCAGUCUUUUGAGAGUGGCAGCCCCCCUACCCCACAGUCCCAAAAGCGGCUCAAGCAACAGCUAGCUCUCUCUGACGCCAGUGUUGUUGGUGUUCGCAAGAUCUGGCCUGCCGAUGGAGGCUCCAGCAACUUUAGCAACAGUUUCCAUGGAGAUCUGGACAUCCCAUUUAGCGGGACCGCGCCUCCAUCGUACGUUUAUGACGGCGAUCGAGGUGAAGACCAGCGUAUGCAGCCUGAUGUUGUGUCUUACAUGGAUGACUCCCUCUCCUCUCCUCGUUUUCACCCUAAGGGUCGAAGUAUUAGAGAGCCCCCUUCCUCGGGGUCCCUGGAAUCCACUAAAUCAUCGGAGUUGGAUGUCGAAAAAGGGUUGGAGAUGAGGAAAUGGGUCUUAUCAGGGAUCCUGGCCAGUGAGGAGGCCUAUCUGAGCCACUUGGAGGCGCUCUUGCUGCCCAUGAAGCCCCUGAAAGCUGCUGCCACCACCUCCCAGCCUAUGUUAACCCUCCAGCAGAUAGAAACCAUUUUCUUCAAAGUGCCUGAGCUCCACGAGAUCCACAAAGACUUUUAUGAUGGCCUAUUACCCAGAGUGCAACAGUGGAGCCACCAUCAAUGUGUGGGUGACCUCUUCCAGAAACUGGCCAGCCAGCUCGGCGUGUACAGGGCUUUUGUGGACAACUAUAAGGUUGCUGUGGAAACAGCCGAAAAGUGUUGUCAAGCCAAUUCUCAGUUUGCAGAGAUUUCAGAGAAUCUGAAAGUCAAGAGCGCUAAAGAGGUUAAAGAUCAGAAUGCCAAGAACUCUCUGGAAACUCUGCUGUAUAAACCAGUGGAUCGAGUCACCCGCAGUACCCUCGUCCUCCAUGACCUGUUGAAGCACACCCCGUCCAGUCAUCCAGAUCAUCCCCUCCUGCAGGAUGCCCUCCGCAUUUCCCAGAACUUCCUCUCCAGCAUUAAUGAGGAGAUCACGCCCCGCCGUCAGUCUAUGACAGUGAAGAAAGGAGAGAAUCGUCAGCUUCUCAGAGACCAGUUUAUGGUGGAAUUAGUCGAAGGAACACGAAAACUUCGACAUGUCUUCCUCUUUACUGACCUGCUGCUUUGCGCCAAAUUGAAGAAACAAACCGGAGGGAAGGGUCAGCAGUAUGACUGUAAGUGGUAUAUCCCACUAGCAGACGUCACCUUUCAGACCAUCGAUGAAUCAGAGUCUUCACCGGUUCCCCUGAUACCAGAGGAAGAGAUCGAUGCUAUGAAGGUCAAGAUUUCUCAGAUCAAGAAUGAUAUUCAGAGAGAAAAGAGAGUUUGUAAAGGAGGUAAAGUCCUCGAUCGUCUCCGGAAGAAGCUGUGUGAGCAGGAAUCUCUGCUGCUGCUCAUAUCUCCAUGCAUGGCCUUCAGAGUCAGUAACAGGAAUGGCAAGGGCUAUACGUUCCUGAUUUCAUCUGACUACGAACGAGAAGAAUGGAGGGAGAUCAUUCGAGAACAGCAGAAAAAGUGUUUCAAGAGUUUUUCUUUGACUUCCCUGGAGUUGCAGAUGCUCACCAAUUCCUGCGUGAAGCUGCAAACCGUUCACAACGUUCCUCUGACAAUCAAUAAAGAAGGCGAGUGCCUUUUUUGUUUUGUUUUAUUAAUAUGUUUUUCUACUGAAAUAUCUCUGAAAUUUGGCAUAAAUUGGUUUGUUUUCCUCCCAUUAGAUGAUGAAUCCACUGGGCUGUAUGGCUUUCUAAAUGUGAUUGUUCAUUCUGCAACAGGGCUGAAACAGAGCUCGAAUCUGUACUGUACAUUGGAGGUGGACUCGUUUGGCUAUUUUGUGAACAAAGCAAAAACUCGUGUGUAUAGAGAUGCCACAGAGCCAAACUGGAAUGAGGAGUUUGAGAUCGAGCUGGAGGGCUCUCAGACCCUCAGACUGCUGUGCUACAGUAAGGUCAAACAGUACAGGGAUGAUGGGGAGAACAUGGAUCGCAUCAUGGCCAAAGGACAGAUCCAGCUGGAUCCUCAAUCGCUGCAGGGUAAAGACUGGCAGAGGACAGUAAUCAGCAUGAAUGGGAUUGAGGUCAAGCUGUCUAUGCGGUUCACCAGCAGAGAGUUCAGUCUGAAGAGGAUGCCGUCCAGGAAACAGUCCGGAGUGUUUGGUGUUAAAAUUGGGGCUGUAACUAAACGGGAGCACUCCAAAGUGCCUCUUAUAGUGAGACAGUGUGUGGAGGAGAUUGAGCGCAGGGGGAUGGAGGAAGUGGGCAUCUAUCGUGUCUCUGGCGUGGCCACAGACAUCCAGGCCCUAAAAGCUGCGUUUGAUGCCAACAAUAAAGAUGUUUCUGUUAUGAUGAGUGAAAUGGACGUGAAUGCCAUCGCUGGAACACUGAAGCUCUACUUCAGAGAGCUUCCUGAGCCUCUCUUCACUGACGAACUAUACUCAAAUUUCACCGAAGGCAUCGCAUUAUCCGACAGUGUGGCAAAGGAAAGCUGUAUGCUCAAUUUAUUGCUCUCGCUACCUGAACCCAACCUACUGACCUUCCUGUUUCUACUGGACCAUCUGAAGAGAGUUGCCGAGAAUGAGAGCAUCAACAAGAUGUCUUUCCACAAUCUCGCCACAGUAUUCGGCCCGACCCUCCUCCGCCCCUCUGAAAAGGACAGUAAAAUUCCAGCCAAUCCCACGCAGCCCAUCUCUAUGAGCGACAGCUGGUCUCUCGAGGUUAUGUCUCAGGUCCAGGUGUUACUGUACUUCCUGCAGCUGGAGGCGAUCCCUACGCCGGAUAGUAAACGGCAGAGUAUGCUUUUCUCCACAGAGGUUUGAAAAGGAGCUCAGAUCAGCUCAACACGGGACUGAUUCAGCAUGCGACCAAUGGAGGGCACCAACAUCCUGCUGAAAUCUUCCAGGCAGACUGAAUUCCCUGCACCACUGAUAUUUCUGUAGUGAAGAAUGACAAGCCAGUCUGAUAUCUUCUCAUGGACUCACUGUCACAAGCGCUUAGAGUUACACUCAACAUGCAGGUGAUGCUGCUUGUUUUCACCGUCAUCCGUGGUAGGAUUUCUGACUGAAUGGUGGCUCACACUUUGAGUGCCAAGCUUCUCGUAGAUCAUUGGAUGGUGAAUGUUAUUCUUGCGUUUUCUCUUGUUCCUUUCAGCACUGCGGGAUUAUAAAGAAUUACACAUUCCGGUUUUCCAUAAAUGCUUUAUUUGAUCUGACGUUUUGCUCACCUGUGAUUUAUGUCUUUCCCGUGGCGAGGGCUACGGAACAUCUGAAUACUCGAAUCAUGAGGAGGAACGCGUUUAUACGGCCCCUUUCUGAUGGAUAAAACACAACACGGAGAACUAAAAUUGUGUGACCGAAGUUAAUAUGUUAGCAUGUCAACUAAAAAGAAUAUACAACGCAAUUAUAGUUUGCCGUCAUUCCCAAGUAUGUACAUUCCUUUUGUUUUAUGGAAACACAUCUGUUUAAUCUUGCAUAAAUCAUUGGAUUACCGAGCCUAUAUUAAGACAAUACAGCACACAUUGUUCAUAUCACAUGAUAUUAUAGGACUAUAACACAUUAUUUUACAGUACAGUUCUAACCGGACUCCUCACAUAACAUUAAAUAGUUUGAAAUCCUUACGGUAUUAAAGGAAAUUAACCGUAACUGAUGGACUCGAUAUAUUAAAGUGGAUAUAGGAGUUCUCCAUCAGAAUAACUUCACUGCUACAAGAAAUAGCAAAAAUUAACUUAAUUCAAACACUGUACAUUGUCUUGUUUUAUCGUCUGAGUUCAUUAUAUUUUCACUUUGUAAAGCUUUUUUGGUUUUUUGCUGUUCGUAAAACUUGCAAGCACUUUGCGAUCCUGAACAGUGCCAAUAUCUUGCCCUGUUAAGUGUGUGUGUGUAAAUUGUUCAGUUUAUCAUGGCUAAUAUACAUAUGUCUGUAUUAUGUUGUUCAGAACAAAGGAGAGGUUGUGUAUUAUGUCAUGUAACAUGCAGGCAUGUUGUUUUGAAGAUGACUUGUUUUUCUUUUAGAGAGUUUCUUUAGUCAUUGUGUAACAGAUUCUUUACGCUUGUGUAUUUCCUGUAGACUAAUGAAAACCGAGACAUUCCUGUAAUUGUGUUGAAAAUCAUUGCCUUUCUCUGUUCUUUUUCCAUUGUAUGUUCUGGAAUCUGCACUUCCUUUAUCAAGCUGCUGCUUGAAUUACAGCUGUAUCCAUUCCUCGUUUUUCUCUCUUUUAUUUGGGCCGUUACACGCUGUACUGAUGAAGAUAUUCCCGGCUGCCAUUUUACGAGCCAGCUUCUAUGAUGAGGAAGUGUUCUGUAUACGGAUAAGUAUGGCACAGUGUGGAUUAAGGAGAUGGAUCACAAUAAACUCCUUCAUCCUCUUGUUUCCACAGA